AUGGCUUCCUUACACGGACCAUCACAAUUCCGUCCAAGGCAAGCCUAUACCGACCCACUUCUCUCUCCACCACCACCACCUCCUCCUCCCGGCCCAGCCCCAUCAUCGCCAUUCCCCGCUACUCCAUCAUACAAAGCCCGUCCUGUUGGCCCACGCUACUCCCAGUCUCGCGGGAAACCCCAUCCUCCGGGGGGGAUCAAGUUGCAUAAGGGAGAGUGGAAGUUACUCCUUCUGGUGUGUGCGGUUGCGGUGGUAGUGAGGUUCUGGAGACUGGGAUGGCCUGACAGCGUCAUAUUCGACGAAGUCCAUUUUGGAAAGUUCGCUAGCAAGUAUGUCAAGAGCCAGUACUAUGUUGACGUCCACCCUCCGCUUGCAAAGCUGCUCAUCACUUUUGCCGCCUUCGUAAGCGGCUACGACGGGAACUUCGAUUCAAAGAUAUCGGAAAGUGCAUUGUACGAACACGUCCCGUACGUCGCUAUGCGCUCCUUGCCAGCGACACUCGGUGUUCUCCUCGUACCCAUCACCUACCUCACCCUGCGCGCCCUAGACUGCCGCGCGGACACAGCGCUCCUCGGCUCCCUGUUCAUAACCUUCGAGAACGGUCUUCUCACCCAAUCCCGUCUAAUCCUCCUCGACUCUCCCCUCCUGUUCUUCACCGCUCUGACGAUCUUCUUCUGGGUCGGGUUCGCCAACGAGAACCGCGCCGCGCCGUUCACGCAUUCAUGGUGGGUCUGGCUCACCUGCGUCGGGCUAAGCCUAGGCGCAGUCGUGAGCUGCAAAUGGGUAGGCCUAUUCACGAUUGCCACCAUCGGUCUGUGCACUAUCCGCCAGCUCUGGGUCCUCCUCGGCGACACCCGCGUCUCCAUCGCCCUCUGGAUCCGGCACUUCCUCGCUCGCGCCCUAUGCCUCAUUGCCGUGCCAGCAACGUUCUACAUGGCCAUGUUCGAGCUGCAUUUCCUGAUCCUGAGCAACUCGGGCGACGGCGACGGGUUCAUGAGCGCCGAGUUCCAGCACACCCUCAACGGGAAGAAGAUGGCGGAUACGUAUGCAGAUGUAGGUGUAGGGAGCAAGAUCGUCAUGCGGCACUGGAAUACGAACGGAGGGUUCCUGCACUCGCAUGAUCAUUCCUACCCCGGGGGGUCCAAGCGUGCGUCUCUCCCCUUCUCUUCACCACAUGCUAACCGUACCCGCAGAACAACAAAUCACCCCUAUCCGCAUCUGGAUGUGAACAACGGAUGGCGUAUCCUCAACGCCACUUGGGACAACCACAGCCCUGGGUACGAUUGGGAGACGGAGCCCUUCCGCGCCCUCGCAGACGGGGACAUGAUCAAGCUGCAACAUAUUGCUAUCUCCAAAAUGCUGCACUCUCACGACAUCCGUCCCCCCGUAUCCGAAGUGGAUUUCCAGAACGAAGUCUCUGGGUACGGAUUCACCGGUUUCUCCGGCGACGCGAAUGAUUACUGGGUCGUGGAGAUCGCCGAAGGGGACAGGCGUGAUCGCGCGAGCUCGAAACGUGUUCGCACGCUGAGGACACUUUUCAAGCUUAAGCAUGCGCUUACUGGAUGCUACCUCUUUAGUCAUAAGGUCAAACUACCCGACUGGGGGUACGAGCAGCAGGAAGUGACGUGUAACAAGAAUGCGGUCAGGGCGAACAGCCUCUGGUUCAUAGAGUUGAGCGAGCAUAAUAAGUUGCCGGCCACAUCACCAAAGGUCAACUACCGCAAGCCUGGAUUCUUGAGCAAGUUCUUGGAACUGCAGCAGGUUAUGUGGACUACGAACGCCGGCUUCACUGAACGGCAUGCAUUUGACUGCAGGCCCAACACCUGGCCCAUCCUCCGGCGGGGAAUUAACUUCUGGGUGAAAGACCAUCGUCAAAUCUACCUGCUGGGUAACCCCGUUGUGUGGUACCUCUCCACCCUCGCCGUCGCGCUCUACUUCUUCGCCCGGGGCAUGCUCAUCCUCCGCGCCAAACGCGGCUAUAAAGACUUCAACAACUCCGGCCUGGUGUUCUACGACAACCUGUGCUCUUUCCUCGUCCUCGGGUGGGCGCUACACUAUGCCCCGUUCUUCCUCAUGGCCCGCCAGCUGUUUUUGCACCAUUAUUUCCCUGCCCUGUGGUUUGCAGUGCUCCUCAGCGCAGCGGUGUACGAUAUGGCUACGUCUAAGCUCAAGCCUAGGUACAGGGUGCAGGUCGCCCUUGUUCUUGUUGGCCUAGCAGUGUGGACAUACUCGCACUUCAAUCCCCUCGUAUACGGAAGCGUAUGGACGCGGGGGAAAUGCGAGAGCUCAAAGUGGCUCAAGACGUUGGACUUUGCCUGCGGGGACUUUUACCCUAACGUGAGCCUAUGCCAGCCGAGUGCACGCAGACUAUCCUGA